GCAAAGGAUCUGUCUCAGAAGGAGAAGAGUGAGUGCUCCUGAUUGUGACAUCAACUUCAUUCCCUUGACAAUGGAACUUGUCACUAGGGAGGAAGACUCAUUCAGAAAAUAGCCAACAAGAUGGGCUACUGGAAGCGUCUCCUGAGUGGAACUGAGUGGAGGCAACAGGGGGUUGGAGCCUUGUGAACAGGGAACCUGCCCCCCAACUCUUGGAAGGAACUGGGUUUCAGUGAUGAGACAUGGGGUAUGAUGUAACCCGAUUCCAGGGGGAUGUUGAUGAAGACCUUAUCUGCCCUAUUUGCAGUGGAGUCUUGGAGGAGCCAGUACAGGCACCUCAUUGUGAACAUGCUUUCUGCAAUGCCUGUAUCACCCAGUGGUUCUCUCAGCAGCAGACAUGUCCGGUGGACCGUAGUGUCGUGACGGUCGCCCACCUGCGUCCAGUACCUCGGAUCAUGCGGAACAUGUUGUCAAAGCUGCAGAUUGCCUGUGACAACGCUGUGUUUGGUUGCAGUGCUGUUGUCCGGCUUGACAACCUCAUGUCUCACCUCAGUGACUGUGAGCACAACCCGAAGAGGCCUGUGACCUGUGAACAGGGCUGUGGCCUGGAGAUGCCCAAAGAUGAGCUGCCAAACCACAACUGCAUUAAGCACCUGCGCUCAGUGGUCCAGCAGCAGCAGACACGUAUCGCAGAGCUGGAGAAGACGUCAGCUGAACACAAACACCAGCUGGCAGAGCAGAAGCGAGACAUCCAACUGCUCAAGGCAUACAUGCGAGCAAUCCGCAGUGUCAACCCCAACCUUCAGAACCUGGAGGAGACAAUUGAAUACAACGAGAUUCUAGAGUGGGUGAACUCCCUGCAGCCAGCAAGAGUGACCCGCUGGGGAGGAAUGAUCUCCACCCCAGAUGCUGUGCUCCAGGCUGUCAUCAAGCGCUCCCUGGUGGAGAGUGGCUGCCCUGCCUCGAUUGUCAACGAGCUGAUCGAAAAUGCCCACGAGCGAAGCUGGCCCCAGGGUCUGGCCACACUAGAGACAAGGCAGAUGAACCGGCGCUACUAUGAGAACUACGUGGCCAAGCGCAUCCCUGGCAAGCAGGCUGUUGUUGUGAUGGCCUGUGAGAACCAGCAUAUGGGUGAUGACAUGGUGCAGGAGCCAGGACUUGUCAUGAUAUUUGCGCAUGGCGUGGAGGAGAUCUAA